UCUCAUGUCAUAAUGCUGAGCCAAGUUGUGAUACUUAGUCUGCAUUUCAGAGUAUGCGUUAAAAGUAAUGCUUGCUAUGAGCUGCCAGAGCAGGAAAAGCAGUGAAAGACAACACAUUCUUAACAUUUUUUGUGAGCAUUUCAGUUCACUUGUUGAUGAGACCAGCAAAACUACUAAAUGCAAAUCAUCUCAAUGCAGUUUGACAGUGAAGCAACAGAAUGUAAACUCAACAGCCAAGUCCAUACAGGCAGCCAAAGGUACAUGUAAGAUAAAACGCAGAAAGACAAAACGGGAAAGAAACAAUGUCAAAUAUGGCAAGGAAUAUCUCAGUAGAAAUACAGAACAAAAUUCAGCUGGGGCAAGUAAGAAAGUAUGCCGUGUCUAUAGAUGUUCACAUCCUGGUUGUUUCAGUUCAAGACCAGCCUGUACCUCAACACAAAAGAUAUCUGCUGACCCCAAAGCUGUCAUUAUUACACAAAAUAGACUAACUCAGCAUCUUGGUAUAUUCAACAAAGAAGUGAAAUCGGCAAGCAUUGAUCGUCUCCUACCUCAAGAAAGAGAAGAAGCAGGAGAAGCUCUUGACAGGAUUUCACAGCAAACAAAUGUGGACACUGAAAAGAAUCCAGAAGAUGAAUGCCAUAUAGAUAUCACUGAAAUAGAGCCUGAGCCUAUUGCUUCAGAAAAAGGCAGUUUGGAUGGAUGUGGAAGCCUUGCUAACAACAGUUCAUCUGAUAUGACACGGAAAAGCAGCUUGUGCUGCAGAAAGAAGGAGCAGACACCUGAAGUAAGAAGUGACACAAAAAAGGAGCUGGUAUCUGUAGUAAGGAGUGACCAAGAAAAGAAGCUGGCACCAGUAGUAAGAAGUGAUCCAGAGAAGGAGCUGGUAUCUGUAGUAAGAAGUAACCAAGAAAAGGAGCUGGUACCAGUAGUAAAAAGUAACCCAGAGCUACAGACCAGUGUGGUUGAAGAGAUGGCUGUAAAACUAGUCAGUACUUUGCACCCUUGCUCUGUUUUUCCUGGUCGAAAUCUUCUUGGAGAGGCACGACAAGCACUAAUUGAUAUACUUAUGAAUACUCAUGGAAAACUACCUGAUUUCAUAGCUAAAGAAGCCCACAGAAAUAAGGAUUAUGAGGAUCUCAUUUUCUCGCACAAGAAAGACUGUGAAUGUAGUGUUGACCCAGACAUAGAAAUACGUUCUGAGACAGGGAAGGGAAGUGUACCUAUGAAACGCCCGGACAAAGAAAGAGCCUCUGAAUCAAAGAAAAGCUGUGAACCCUGCAGACAUAGAAAACAUUGGGACAAACCAGCAUUCUUAUCAUACUUAAAAGAGAAUGAACAUCCAAAUCCUAGACUUAUAGCUGAAAAACUGGUUAAUGAGGAUCAAGCUAAUAAGCCACUGAGUGAUUUCUUCUUCAGAGCUGAACCUGACUUUUGUGAAGACCAUAGUGUGAACUGUUCAGUAUUGCCUUUUACUCAGCAGUCAGACCAGCACUGCCAUUACUGGCAGAAUACAGCCUUUCAGAAAUCUACUUUAUUCAAAGAAAAUGUCCAUAAAACACCUGAGGAAAUAUUAUUGGAGGAUUAUGACCACAAUGAUCCUUUUGUUUCCCUACCAAGUACAUCACAAUUGUUUAGAAAAAUCUAUGAAGAUUGCUCACCACAUAAAUGCACACCAAAUAUGAUACAGGAUUUCUGUAGCACACAGGAGCAAAGUAAAGGUAUAUUUCUGCAGGCAGAUUCAGCUUCUGUACUAUCCAGGCCAGGGCCACACAUUUUCACUUCAGGUGACAGCGCACUAGCAUACUGCCAUCCAAGCUCUUUGAGCAGUUCUCGCCAAUUUAGCAAUGAUCUUUCUCAAACACAGGAUGUUUCUCCCAAUUCAGAAUUCCUCCCUUUUCGCCAUCACUCCAUAAAUGCUAUGAAGUUGCUGAAGUGGGAACAAAUUGUGCCUGAAUGCAAGAAAAAGAAUUUCAUUUACAGUUGCUAUGAGCAUGAACUAGCUAAAACUGAUCAGCCAGCGUCAGUCUUCAAGGCCAGCAAGGAAAAUGUGGAAGCCAAAAAGCCAUUUCUGGUUUCAGAGACAGAAUUAAAGUCAAACAUGCAUUUUGAGAGAUCAGAAGGUACAAUGACUACUCUGUCAGAAUAUUCAGGACUAGACCACACAAUGAGAGUCUCACAUGAUAUUCCAGUUCGAGAAUAUCUACCACAUUACAAGCAGCCUAGCAGUAGUCACUAUUCUAUGGACUUUAUAGAAAAAGGGAAGGGGAGCAUUUGUGUCAUGGAGAACGCCAUCAUCAGAGAAGAGGAUUACUAA